GAUUUGACUGUCGAUGCUUGUCAACUUGUUCCCAUUGUCCAAUACGUUAUGUGCACAUGACAUUAAGAAGGACGCAACGGAAUCGACAAAGCCGAACUCAAGGACGUGUCGGUGUAACCGAGACCAGCCGCCGGUGACUGGGUGAGGGAGGGAGGAGAGCUAUUCCCGUGGGAUGGUCACGUGUCCGUGGGGAGUAGUUGUGUGUGGAGCCCGUGGAAUAGGAGGUGUAGCGUCAAGCGCUCGUUCAGACUUGAUUCUUACAGUAAGGAAGCUGUCAACACAGAGCCGACUGUAUUCGCGCGUGUUUGUUGCUUUGUUCAAAGCGAAUGAAAAUGCACAUGAGGACUGAAGAUCUGGAGAUCGGUUUCCAUAAACUUCUGCGCGCAUCUCAGUCGCAACAAACACACUCGGCGCGCUCAGUGUUGUAAUAUCAACGCUACUGUUUACUACUGCAACAAGAUCUGCGAAAUACCAAAGACUGUCACUGCAAACCGAGGUGACUGACCAGCUUCUGUGGGAUUUGAUGUCACCUUUAGAUCGGUUCAACUGAAGAUGGAAACACUGGAGUCCGAGCUGACGUGUCCAAUCUGCCUGGAAUUGUUUGAGGACCCCCUCCUGCUGCCCUGUGCCCACAGCCUGUGCUUCAACUGUGCCCACCGCAUCCUGGUCUCGCACUGCUCCAGCACCAAGCCUCUCGAGUCCAUCUCCGCCUUCCAGUGCCCCACCUGCCGCUACGUCAUCACGCUCAACCAGCGCGGCCUGGAGGGCCUAAAGCGCAAUGUGACGCUGCAGAACAUCAUCGACCGCUUCCAGAAGGCCUCCGUCAGUGGGCCCAACUCCCCCAACGAGAGUCGCCGGCCGCGACCCUACAGCGCCACGCUCGGCGGGAGCACGAGGGGCAGCCCCGCCAGUAGCGCCAUGUCCCUCGAGCGUGUCGGCUGCCAGUUCUGCGAUCAGGAGCCCCCGCGGGAGGCCGUGAAGACAUGCGUGACGUGCGAGGUGUCGUACUGUGACCGCUGCCUGCGGGCCACGCACCCCAAUAAGAAGCCCUUCACCAGCCAUCGUCUGGUGGAGCCGGUGGCGGACUCUCAGCUGCGUGGGCUGGCCUGCCUGGAGCACGAGAACGAGAAGGUCAGCAUGUACUGCGUGGUGGACGACCAGCUGAUCUGCGCUCUCUGCAAGCUGGUGGGACGGCACCGUGAGCAUCAGGUCACCUCACUUAGCGAUCGCUUCGACAAACUCAAGCAAACCUUGGAGAAUAACUUAACCAAUCUGGUGAAGAGGAACAGUGAGCUGGAGAACCAGAUGGCCAAACUCAUCCAGAUUUGUCAACAGGUGGAGGUGAACACAGCCAUGCAUGAAGCCAAGCUGGUGGAGGAGUGUGAUGAAUUGGUGGAGAUAAUUCGCCAGAGGAAACAGGUCAUCGCCGUCAAGAUCAAAGAGUCCAAGGUGAUGAAGCUGAGGAAGCUGGCCCAGCAGAUUGCGAACUGCAGACAGUGUCUGGAGCGCUCGAGUGCCCUCAUCACACAGGCUGAGCACAGUCUGAAGGAGAACGACCACGCCCGCUUCCUCCAGACGGCCAGGAAUGUGGCAGAGAGAGUUGCCAUGGCCACCGCCUCCUCCCAGGUCCUCAUCCCAGACGUCAAUCUGAACCAGGCUUUUGACAAUUUUGCCCUUGAUUUCUCCAGAGAAAAGAAAAUUCUGGAAGGACUGGAUUAUUUGACAGCACCCAACCCUCCAUCUAUACGUGAGGAGCUCUGCACGGCCUCGCAUGACACCAUUACAGUGCACUGGACCUCUGAAGAUGAAUUCAGCGUCACCUCCUAUGAGCUUCAGUACACCAUCUACACUGGCCAGACCAACUUCAUCAGUCUGUAUAACUCUGUAGAUAGUUGGAUGAUUGUGCCCAAUAUCAAGCAGAAUCACUACACAGUCCACGGCCUGCAGAGCGGCACCCGUUACAUCUUUUUCGUCAAGGCUAUCAACCAGGCAGGCAGCAGAAACAGCGAACCUGCUCGACUUAAAACCAACAGUCAGCCUUUCAAACUGGACCCCAAAACGGCCCAUAAGAAGCUGCGCCUCUCCAAUGACUGUCUGACCAUGGAGAAGGAUGAAAGCUCCCUGAAGAAGAGUCACACUCCGGAGCGCUUUAGUGGAACCGGGUCCUACGGUGCCGCUGGCAACGUCUUCAUCGACAGUGGCUGCCAUUAUUGGGAGGUUUUACUGGGCGCCUCCACAUGGUAUGCUCUUGGAGUGGCUUACAAGUCAGCACCCAAAAACGAAUGGAGCGGCAAAAAUUCAUCGUCUUGGGUUUUCACACGCUGCAACAACAACUUCCUGGUGCGGCACAACAACAAGGAGUCGAUCGUGGAGGCGUCGCUACAGCUGCGCAGGGUCGGGGUGCUGCUGGACUACGACAACAACGCCCUGUCCUUCUACGACGCCAUGAACUCGCAGCACAUAUACACUUUUGACGUUUCCUUCCUGCUUCCAGUGGCUCCCACCUUCAUGAUCUGGAACAAGUCAUUGAUGAUCAUGUCAGGGCUGCCCGUGCCUGACUUUGUGGACUGCAGUGAGCAGCAAGAAGGCAUCUGCCGUCAACAGGAUUCCCCCUAUGUGUCCGGAGUGAAGAGCUGCCACUGAGGCAUCAUAGGAGUUACUCCAGAAGGUUCCCUCAUCCUUCUUCUUUUCCUGGUUUUCAUAACUAGGUUGAAGUUGGAUCUUUAGUUGUUCCUGAUUGUUCUGGUCACAUUAAUGAGCGUUAAGCAAGUGGGUUAUGAGCUCUCAGAUUUAAACAGCUGGGGGAAAUUGUAAAUUAUUUAUAACUAAAAAUCGGUUUGCUUUUUUUGUCAGUUUUAAUGUAUUCCUAAAAGCACUUUUUAGAGUUGAAUUUGUCGCCCCUGCGUGUAAAAAAAGUCUUGCUAACUUGAGACAGGGUUGGACUUCCUUUUGGACCGAAUAUAGUGGAUUAUGUUAGGAUGACAAUUUGGUGUUCCUAAUAAGGGUUACAUUUAUAAUCUGAUGGGUCUAUAACACACUUUUCAUAUUCAGGGAGAAAAGAUGAUGCUUUGGUUUAAAAUGUGUCUGAAGAUGAUGGCAUGAUAUGUAUUUCCUCUGUGAUUUGUUCUCACUAUCUCAGUUUCUGGUUUUGUUUUUGUGAACAGCAUGAGGCACAAGUUCUCCAGGUGUUUUUAACAUGUAUCUUUAAUAAUUGAUAUACGGUGUGUCGCAAAAUCCCAUCUGUGGAGGUGUUUGUCCAUUGACAUUGUCGCAUUCAAACGCCGUCAAGAACUGAAUUUCAAGACUAUAGUUCAUAUUUAUCAGAUCCAUCUAUUCGGAAAUAUUUGAAAGAUUGGAAGCAAAUAUUUAGUUUAACAUUCAAAUGUGUGUAGAUUUAUUUUCUUAAUGGCUGUUAUGAAUAUUACAUGAUCUUCCGCAGUGUGACGUUCAGGGCUGUAAUACGGAUUCCCAGUCUUGGGAUAAAGACAAUCACUUGUGCUAAUGCAGGCAAAAAAAUCAAGUGUGUAGCAAUUAAUCUUUGCAAUAGCUUGAGAUACUGUACUUCCCCAAAGAAGUGGUUUGUAUCCAAACAGUUCAGUGUAAAUAUCCAGAUUGGGAAGUAUUCGUACUACUGACGCCGCUGUCCUGCUGCAGGUUUUGCUUUGUGUCGGUGGGGUUCUCUCUUUGCUCUGCUGAAUGUACGUGAUUGCUUUGGUUCUUUUUAUAUCUUCCUGAAUGAAAGCACAGAGCAUUUUACCAUUACAUCUUCUUUGCAAGCACAGCAAGUAUGUGAAUCCUCCUGUUACAUCUUGAGAGCUAAACAUCCUUAUAAAUAUAGAAAAAGGAUGCACUGAUAGCAUUGUUAUUUGCAUUGGAUAAGGACGUGAAAUUACAUUUAUCCAACGCACUCCUGUCGCAAUUCGUAGCUAUUUUACAUUUUGGCGAAUUGGUGGCUAAUUCAUAUGAAUUUGUACUAUCGCUUGUGUCUGUUUUCAUGCAAUCUGCUUAUUCCCCGUUGGUGGGUACAUAAGGACCUUUACUCUUACAGACUUACCACUUCCUAAAUUAGUUUUUCAUGAGAUCAGGUUGCGUUUACCUCACUUCAUACAGUUUUCCCAGCAUCCUUCAUCUCAGCAUCGGUCUAUAUACUUGAAACAAGUGUCAAGUCACAUGGAAGAGCCCCUAAAUUUCUUUUUCUCCAUGAACGUGAACUCAUGAGUUGUUUUAAAGUUGAAUCUGUGACUGAAUGAUACAUUAAUGGUGUAGUAGAGCAAUAAUGAACUUAAUUUGUGAGCAUAUAUAAUGACUUCUGACGAACUUCAUGAAGUUCUUGAGUCUCAAAACUAUUUCCACUUCAGCAUUGGUCCAAUUUGUCCUGGUCUCAGGCAGUAAAUGUAUAUCUGAAUGCCAUAAUGAGACAUUUUUCAGAUUGAUGGACCUUGUUUAGUGAGUUCUACACUGCUGAAAGUUCAAGUAUGGGUGACACAGCAACGUCAAAUCAUCGUCAGUGUGUUUGCUGUAUGAACGUAACUCUUGAGAUGUCCACUACUGCGCUGUCCCUCAGUCUCAGUUCAUUCAGUUCUGUUCUUGCUGUCAAUGCAGCAGCCGCUGUCAUGUGUCUUGGUCUCACAUUCUGACAGUCUUGAGUGCAACCCUGCAUGCUAAAAAGAGCAAGAUGACAUGUACUGCAGAAAGUCUUCAACAUUUCCAUUGAUCAUUAGUGAGAUCCAUAGGCGAGUCUUGAGGAAUUGUUUAUUUCAGGUCGCUUUUCAUGUGAAAACUCAUUUGCCGGUUUUUCUGAAGCUGAAAGGUAAACGUUGAGGAGCUCACGAGUCAAUCUCUGAUCUAGUUUGAUCUGUUUGUUCAAGUGCGAUUCAUUCGGUCACUGCAUGACGAUCUGGCCCGACUCGAAGCAUUUCCUGUGAGAUUCUCUGCUGUUUUAUAUAACCUUUUUUUAUGAGAAAUGUCCAGGAGAGAUAUUGUUAUGGCAUAUCAGGUUUUCCAGUUAGCCGUGCUUUUCUUUGCAUUUAAGACUGAUGAACUAAUUACAUUCAUUUCUGUUUUCAAGCGAUUGUUUUUACUUUUCUGAACAAAAAAAAAAAUGAAAGAACCAAUUCCUCUUCUUUGAUAUUACCGUCUUUAUUAUGUGCUCAAGCAGCUGUGUGUUCAUCAACAUAAUGCUCCUGUUUCAAUAGAUAUAACUUAGCAAAAAAAAGAAUGUAAAUCAUAGGAGGAAAUAUAUAUUAUAUAAAAAUUGUAUAAUAUACAAAAAAGUAUAUAUAUAUAUGAACUAUUGUUAUUUAUGUGAGUCCAAAUAAAAGUCUGAUCCCAAA